GCCAAGGCCAGAGCGUACCACUCCACACGGCGGCGGCACCUGUAUCCAGCAACCAUGGCAGUGAUUUUCUCUGCAUUGCUGCUCUCUUUGUUGCUUCUUGUUCAGGAACAGGGAGUGAAGGGGGUCCCUCCACAGCAGAGGGGUGUCCACUGCAGGACAAGACCCACAGACCUGGUGUUCAUCAUUGACAGCUCCCGGAGCGUGCGUCCCAAUGAAUUUGAGCAAGUCAAGGUCUUUUUGUCCCAAGUCAUUGAGUCACUGGAUGUGGGUCCCAAUGCUACUCGAGUGGGUGUUGUCAAUUAUGCCAGUGCAGUCAAGAACGAAUUCUCCCUCAAGACUCACCGGACAAAGGCCCCCCUCCUGCAAGCCGUGCGCAGGAUUGAGCCCCUCUCCACUGGCACCAUGACAGGCCUGGCGAUCCAGUUUGCAAUCAACAGGGCAUUUAGUGAAGGCGAAGGUGCCAGAGUGCGAUUACAAGAGAUUAACAAGGUGGCUAUCAUAGUUACUGAUGGGCGUCCCCAGGAUGCGGUGAAGGAUGUCGCCGCAAGGGCGAGGGCUCUUGGAAUCGAAAUCUUUGCUAUUGGCGUGGGCCGUGUGGAUAUGCACACUUUGCGACAGAUAGCCAGUCAACCUCUGGAUGAGCAUGUGGACUAUGUGGAAAGCUACAGUGUAAUUGAGAAGCUGACUAAAAAAUUUCAAGAAGCAUUCUGUGCUGUAUCAGACCUGUGUGCCACUGGAGAUCACGACUGUGCACAAAUCUGUGUCAGUGCAGGGGCUUCAUACACCUGUGCUUGCAGAGAGGGGUUCACACUCAACAGUGAUGGGAAAACCUGCAAUGCUUGCAGUGGAGGGGGUGCCACUGAUCUUGUGUUCCUGAUAGAUGGAUCAAAGAGUGUGAGACCUGAAAACUUUGAGCUGGUGAAGAAAUUUAUCAACCAAAUUGUGGAUUCUCUGGAUGUGUCAGACAAAAAUGCACAUGUGGGCCUGGUCCAAUAUUCUAGUUCAGUUAGGCAAGAAUUCCCACUUGGACAAUAUAAGAACAAGAAAGACAUCAAAGCAGCAGUGAGAAGGAUGUCCUACAUGGAGAAAGGCACCAUGACCGGCCAGGCUUUGCAAUACCUAGUGGACAGUUCCUUUGCAAUCUCCAGUGGAGCAAGGCCAGGAGUCCCCAAGGUAGCAAUUGUAUUUACUGAUGGACGAUCCCAAGAUUACAUCAAUGAUUCUGCCAAGAAAGCCAAGGAACUAGGUUACAAAAUGUUUGCUGUUGGAGUAGGCAAUGCGGUUGAAGAUGAGCUUAAAGAAAUUGCCUCCGAACCAGUGGCAGAGCAUUAUUUCUACACUGCUGAUUUCAAAACCAUGAACCAAAUUGGGAAGAAACUACAAAAUAAAAUCUGUGUUGAAGAAGAUCCAUGUGAAUGUGAAGCCAUUGUGAAGUUCCAGACGAAGGUAGAUAACCUCAUAAAGGCAUUGACACGGAAAUUGGAAGCUGUGACAAAAAAGCUUGCUGCAUUAGAAAACAGGAUCACUGUCUAAAACACAGAAUACUUUGAUUCCUUUGCAACUUAAAAUACACCUAUCAGAAGACUUUGACUAUGGCAGCUCCUCUUCAAGGCUGUUACCCUUGGCUGUUCCAACUGCCUUUGUUUUGCGAGAGGCAAAUGUAUAAUAGUAGUAAUGUAACGGUAAAGCACCAGAGGUUGUACACCAAGCUAUAUCGAACACUCCUUGCAUCACAGAAUAUGUAUAUGUUAAAUGCCUGGAGAAUUGGUUUAAGGUAAAAUUUCACCUAGACAUCUAGAAUGUUUGAAUAACAUCUUAUUCUGAGUUCUGUGAAUGUUCACUAGAUUCUUUUGCAUUUUCCAGGUAUAUCUUAAUUGUUUUUUAAAAACCGAAUUUGAUUCAUAUGACUGAGAAAGGAAUAUUUAUUUCCUAAGAUCAGCACAAUAUAUAAUUUAUGCUAGAGCAUUUAUCAAUAAGUAGAUAAAACAAUUAUGGAUAAUUUAUCAGUAAGUAGAUAGAACAAGUGUCGCAUACAGGAGAAGAGGUGCUUGCUGUUACAAAUUCCUACCUUUGGUACAAAAAUGAAAGGAAGCAUAGAUCUCUAAAUAUCAUCAUCAAUUUUUCUGCUCAUCAAGAAGGCUCAAGUUGGAUUUUUUACAAUGAAUAUAUUAAUGGACUCGUAGGAUUUCACUACUUUUUAAAUCCAUGCCCAAUGUUAUCAGCAACCAAAUCCAAAACGACCCAAAGCUCCAUAAACAAGACAAACAGUGCAAGUCACUACUAGUGAAGGAGACUCUGGUCAUGACCCUUUUGCCAUGUUUAGAAUGGAACCAUAGCUACAUCCUUUUUUGGUCAUAGAUGAUGGCUGUCUGUAUUUAGAUUAUAUUAAGUCCUAGGUCAGCACAGACACAACCUGGGAUCUCCAAUAUUCAGAAUGAAAAAUCCCUGAUCAUUGUGAAACAAAAAGUGGCAAGCACCCCUCAAAACGUCAUCACACGGCGUUAGCCUUUGGUUCAUUUUGUAAGGGUUUAUAACAGAAUAUUUAUACUUGCAAAUAUCUAAAGGAGUUUUCAGAAUAACAGAAUAUUCAAAAAAUUCUGUAGUAAAAUAUGUUUUUGUGUGUAAAAGAAAUUAGGUUCAAUAAAGAAUUGAAUUUUA